CGUUCAAAUUCGGCAGAUCUCGCUCUCCGCGAUUUACUACGAGAUCUCGUCCCCGACCCCUUUCUUGUCAAAAAGGAAUCCCCUCCAAUGUAGAACGAACAUGGCGUCUUGAAUUUUCUAAAAGGGGUGCUAGGUCUUCAGAUAUACUAUCGUAUGGUUAUAUGAUACGAGACGCAGCUAUCGAUCACUCAUCACUUGCAAAGGUGGGCCUCAAUCUUGUUAUCAUUCCUCAGAAAAGGCGGUGCUGUAUUAUCACUCCAGGUGCUGUACAAGGUUGGAUGGACUUUCCUGUUGUUUUGCUGUGCUGGAGAAGCUGAUCAGUAAUUCAUACUGGACUUGGAGGUUUUGGAUGGCGGGGUAACAGGCGGGCAGGGACCAAGCGAAGAUGGGGACCACACAUGGACCAGCAGGAAGCAGGGGGCGAGAAGCAGUGGAAAUGGAUUGGAUGCAGUGGUGAUGGACAGGAUCUAUUGGGGUUUGCUGAUUGUUUAUUGCCACAUAUUCAUUGAUGAUUAAUGUUGUUGUAAUGCCUGAACGCUAAUGAAACGACCCACAGCAGUCAUGUGACGCACUACAACUCAACAUUGGACUGUGGACUGUGUAAUUGUGGGUAACUAAUUAGUUCAUAUUUUACUUGUUUGAUAUCCCAUUGCAUAAAUAAGUUAGGUUAAGGAAUAAGUUAGGUUAAGGAAGAAGUUUAGAUUGUAUUUUUUUAAUUUUUUUUGAAUAUGAUGCAUCUCACUUGAAUAUGUUUGAUAUGAUUAAGAGUUCUUAUUCUGGUAUUUUCUUUCUUAUUUGAUACACAUGUAGGUAUAUCAGGCAUAUAUAAGGCAUCCGUCAAUUAAUUAGAGAGUCAGGACUCAGAAUCAGCCAAACUAGUCAUGGGCUGUAUUUAUAAAUUGGAAUCAUUUUCUGUCAAUGAUUUU